AUGAAGUUUGCUCAGACCCACGCAGUCCAAAGAAAAGGGAAACCCUUCUCCUGCGGGGUGCACCACGAGCAGCAAACCGCUCCAGCGGCACCCAGCAAGCGAACAUCCAACGCAGCCCCUGACGCCGCCGCGGCCCCUCGCCUCGGCCUCCCGCUCCCCGCCGGGCCCGCGCCGCCCGCGCUGCAGCCCCCGCCGCCCGCGGGGCCUUCCCGGCCGCCCCCCACCCGGAGGGGCCCCCGGGGCAGGGCCGUCCCUCCGCCGAGCCGGGGCCCUGGGGCGGGGGGGGCCGCCGGCAGUGCAGACCGGGCAUGGCAGCGAUGCCGAGCUCCGCCGGGCGGCGCGGGACGCGGCGGGGUGCGGUGCCCCCGGGCGGAGCGCCGCGGACCCGCCUGGCGGGCGAGACGAGGCGGGGCAGGGCAGGCGGCAGAGCCGGGCUUACCUGAGGGGCUGGCGGGGCCGCUCCGCUCGGCGCGGCAGCGGCGGCGGCCGGGAGCGAGCGCGGAGCCUCCUCCCCUCGGCGCGGCCCCGGACGGCGCUCCCCCGCCCGCCCCUCGGGAGCAGCCGCCUCCCGCCAGCCCCGUCCCCGGCGGCAGGAGCGGCUUAGCGCCGAGGGGAAGGAAAGCGGGGAGUCCCGCUGUGGAGACACUGGCUGCCCUGCCCAGACCUCCAGAGCCGGCGCGGCGCCGGGAGGCCGCGGAACGAGCCGCGGAGAGCCGCGUUCCUUCUCAGCCGCCUCUGCCGUCAGGGACGCGGUGCUUCGCUCCUGCCCCGCUAAGGGGUAUGACCUGCCGGCCCACACUUCCCGCCUGCCCCGUGUAUGGGACCCGGGCUGUUCUCCCGCUCCCUCACGCCUGCCAGCAGGAAAGAGAGGGAAUCGACGGCUCUUGCGGGAUACGGGCUGUCGGCCCAGGCGUUCCCGCUGGUCCCGAGGGACGCGGACCCGCUCCCUCCGGCCAGCCCCGUCAGGGACAAGGGCCGCCCGUCCCUCUGGGCUCCCGGGCGCGGCGGCCCCGGCCCUGCCCCGCCGCCCCGCGCACCUCGGCGCCGCCGCUGGUCCCUCCCUGGCAGAGCUGUCCCCGCGCUCGGGCGGGCAGAGAGGGGAGCUCCCGCAGCCCCGGGAGCAGCGCCUACUCCGGCCGAGGGGGCUCUCCCGGAGGGGGCCGUGGGUUCCUGCUAGAGAAAAGCGGUGUGGUUUCUGUCUAG